AUGGAAAUUCUAAAAGUGGAAGAAAAGGUGCAAAGUGUUAGUAAAGAUUUGUUCUUGUACCUAACUAUUAAUAGUGUACUUUUGAUGUUAAAUGCAGAAAAGGAAGUUUUGGUAAUGUCAGUGGGGUAUGAGGUCAACGCUUUAUUUGCUAUUCGCACUGAAAUUAUUGGUGAAAUCACGUCGUUUCGGGUGUCGCAAGGACAAAAGAUAAAGCAAGAUGGUGAGUUGCUAAACAUCUGGUUAAGGGUUAGCUUUGAAGUUACAAUAAAAAUUUUUGAGUCGAUGGAACAUCAAGAAACGUGUCAGCUGAAGGAGAAAAUUCAGUUUCUUUAA